AUGACCGCUCCAUCGCAGACUGGCAUGGCCGAACAGAAUCCCUCAAUCGCCAGAAGCAGAUCGCGAUACCGUCGCAAUCGACCGACAACAGGAAACGGCCCACCUCCCACACCCGCGUUCCCGGACCACACACCCACUCCACCGCGGCCACACGCGAGCGAAAGUCCCCGAGAUUCUGCAAGGCACGAAGACCGACACGCACGUGAUGCCCAUCGACAGGAUGCGAUGUCCCAGCUGACGGGGGACGAGUCGCGCCAGAAGCGUCCGCCAGCCUCUGCCAUUGGAGCGCCCCCGCAAAAAGUGGACGCGCGACACAGGCAGCCCCGAGCUGAUCCGACGAAUCCCCCGCGCAGCGCCCAGUCCGCCGAUUCGGGUCGCAAGUCGUUCUUUCAGAAAGUCAACUCCAAAGUCAGAGGGCAUGGUAAAAAGAGCGACUCGGCUCCGAGGUACAUUGGGGUGGGCGGCACCGGUGUCGUUCCGGGCGUGGAUGCUCCCCUCAGCGCUGUGAAUGCUGGCGAACGACACGCACUUGUGGUCUAUGGUGAUGCUCGGGCCAAUCUCACGAUCACCCCGUCAACGCGAGUGAAGGAUCUGUUGCUGGAUGCGACCAAGCAUCUGUCCCGGGACAUUGAUGCCGAGAAGUUCAUCCUGAUGGAGUCUUUCUCCCAAGUCGGCCUCGAGCGUCCCCUACGUCGGUACGAGCUUUUGAGAGAGGUGAUGAACUCCUGGUCUCAUGAUUCGGAAAAUCGAUUCAUCGUCAUUCCGCCUUCGAGUGUGGAAGCGCUGGCUCAGCUCGAAGCUGCACACGCUCCCUCGGAGCAGCCGCCUCCAAUCAAUGUCCACAUAUACUAUUCCCAACGCCCGCGGAAAUGGGACAAACGCUACGUCACCCUGCGUACGGAUGGGCAAGUGACAGUCGCGAAAAAGGAGAAUGCGAAAGAACAGACCAAUAUUUGCCAUAUAUCGGACUUUGACAUCUACUUCCCCAGCGCCCGGGCUUUGAAACAAGAUAUCAAACCUCCCAAAAAACUCUGUUUUGCGAUCAAAAGCCAGCAGAAGUCAUCCAUGUUCCUUACAACGGAAAACUUCCUGCACUUCUUCUCGACCAGUGACAGAUCCGUCGCAGAUCAAUGGUAUCGCGCGGUGCAAAAGUGGAGAAGCUGGUAUCUCGUGAACAAGGUAGGAACAAGUCAGAGAUCAGAUGCCGAAGCACCCCUCCAGCGUUCUGGAACCAGGAGAUCCACCCAGCAGAGAAACGUCCACAACGACGUCCCACUCUUGGACCGACAGAGCUCGACCGAAUCCCCCAAGCGUCGAAGCUCCGAGCAACAGCGGCCAUCAAGCUCGAAGGAUAUUUUCGCCCGAAAACGAGCACAACGUGGACAUGUACCCCCGCCAUCUUCAUACCCACAUACACCAACCCUGGACACAGACGUGGGCGGGUCAUUCAGCGACACCGAGGCACUGGUCACCGGCACCUCGCCCGAGGAAGUUGAAACAUCCACCUUUUCCCCAACCGGCCUGCUAGGUCGCACCUACACCCAACGACAAACCGCCAUGCGUGAACGGGAAGACCAAGAAAAGCGAAGCAGGCAAGAACCUUUCACAACAGGCCUCAUGGCUGGCACCCAAUUCGACUCAGCCCCAAAUAGUCGUUCCAACACCAUGACCCGAGCCCCAGACCUAUCAGCAUUCCACAAGCCUCUCGUCGACCUGACCCCCGUCUACGCCGAACCACCCCAACACAGCCGCAAGGGCAAAGGCCACGGCGUCAAAGUCCAACCAGGAAUGCAACUCAUCGACGGCGCCACCGGCCCAGAACUAGCCCAAGGAGCCAUCUCAAUCCCACCGUCGACCUCCUGGCGCCGCGCAGAUGUCCCUCAACGCCGCAACACUACCCGCAGCGUGCGCGAGCAAGCCCCCUAUCCUGUUCCAGAUGCGCCGUCGCCGCAGGACUUCACGCCGAAUAGCUUACUCGCCCACUCUGCUAGUACGACUACGCCUAGGAAGCAGAGGACCGGCCAUGGCGUUGCUUCGGGGGACCGAAAUGCCACGAAACCAUUACUGGAUAUGGCGCCUGAAAAUCCUUUCGCAGAUGGCAGUUUGUUGCGGCAGCUUUGA